AUGUAAAAUAAUAUGUUGCACAACAGCGGAGUUUUUGAGUCAUCUUCUAACGUGAUCUGCGAAUGUUAUCCUAUUCAAACGUCUGAAAAACAUAACUAAAGCAACAAUGUUUCUCCUUAGGCCUCAGUGUUUUCGAGCGUCUUCCAGUAUCAGAGGUGCAGUACAAAAGAGUUUACAAUCCAUCCAGAGAAAUUCAUGUUCUCGCUGUUUGCACCAGCAACAGAAAACUGCGACAUGUAGAGUUGGAAGUCUGUCUGUGUUAAGAGGCUCUGUGCAGUUUCUGAAACCAAAGGUUCAGUUGGUACUGAAACCUAGCCGGGUUCAAACCACAGUCGCUACAAGUGUGAAUGCAAUCUCCCCCAGGGCAGAGAAAAUCGUCGGAGCAUGGCUGCUGACUUGCUGUGGGAUGAUCGCAGGUACGGUCGUGCUCGGAGGUGUCACAAGGCUUACCGAAUCUGGCCUCUCCAUGACGGACUGGCAUCUCAUCAAAGGUAUGAGGCCUCCAACGACUCAAGAACAAUGGGAAUCAGAGUUUGAAAGGUACAAGCAGUUCCCGGAGUACAAGUAUGUCCAUACCGGGAUAACCCUGCAACAGUUCAAGUUUAUCUGGAUGAUGGAGUAUAGUCAUAGGAUGUGGGGUAGGGCCAUUGGUCUGGCUUUCUUCAUUCCAGCUGCUAUCUUCUGGAAGAAAGGGUGGAUCAGUAAAGCCCUCAAACCAAGGUUGGCCAUCUAUGGCUCCCUUCUUGUCUUUCAAGGUUUGUUGGGUUGGUUUAUGGUGAAGAGUGGUCUAGAAGAACCAGCUAAGUACGACAUUCCGAGGGUCAGUCAGUAUCGCCUAGCAGCUCAUCUUGGUUCUGCUUUUGUUCUUUACUCCCUGAUGCUAUGGGGAGGCCUCUCCCAGAUUCUCAAGCCACUCACAAUAGCAAACAGCAGGAAUCUAUCACUGUUGAGAAAGUGUGCUCAUGGGUCCAUGGCUGUCAUCUUUACAACCGCAAUGUCAGGUGCAUUUGUAGCAGGUUUGGAUGCUGGUUUGGUGUAUAAUUCAUUCCCUAAAAUGGGUGACAAGUGGAUUCCUGAAGACAUCAUGGCCCACGAUCCCAAGUACAAGAAUGUUUUUGAAAACCCCACGACAGUCCAGUUUGAUCACAGAAUUCUGGGUACAACGACUGGAGCGACAGUAGCAGGCCUCUGGAUGUUAGCACGUCGGGUACCAUUACCAAGCAGAGCUAGGCUGGCAGCAAAUUGCAUGCUGGGAAUGGUUGGCAUUCAGAUCACACUUGGAAUCACCACUCUUCUCAUGUAUGUACCUACCAGUCUUGCAGCCGCUCACCAGUCUGGGUCACUCACACUCCUAUCGCUAGCCAUUUGGUUUGCUCAUGAGUUACGCAAGAUCCCAAAAUGAACACGCCAUUAUGCCAUGAGUUCACCGCUCCGAUCUUCUUUGGAAUAUCAACGUAUCUCUCUCAGGUACCAACCUAUCUGUCGUUCGAACAUCUAUCCAGUUUGCUCAUACCCCUCUCUCUAGCCUACUUGGGAGUUACUCAAGGCUCCAAUAUGGCUUCAUAUUGUCUUUUCGGGGAAGCAAUAUGACAUGAAAAAUACCUGUUGGAUGUUCUAUCUGACAGUUACCAUAGUAACAGUGCUCCUCAUCAGAUGCGAUAACUCAACCGACAACAAGUGUUGAUGAAACACUCUCCUGAGAUCCUUCUGGAAUCUCUUCUCUUUUCCUGAAUGAACUGAAUGCUAUUCAAACCUCACUGUGAGCGUUUUCUUUUUUAAUUCCCCGAGCUUCAAAAGACUGCAGAAUAAACAAACGUUUCAUAGCCACUACAGUAGGAGGGAAAAAGGUUUUCAUCAUAAAAUUAUUGAUUUUUCCUUGCUUGUCAAGUUGGCAAUAUAAUUUAUGGAGUUUGGCGUUGAAGUACAAGUUAAGACUAAUUUUUUUGUUAUCUGUUACCUCCAGAACUGAAGCACUUAAUAUGAUUGCUUAUUUUCAUGGAAUAUAAAAUCAUAUUGACCUGUUGACAUAGACUGAAUUUCAUUUUUUUUUUUUGGCUUUAUACAUGGACCCCAUAUCGUUAUUAUGUGGGGAAUGUUUUUUAUUUCCAAGCGUCCAUGCCACCUGUUCCUGGAUGGGGGUUGGGUGAGGGGGGGGGUGGAUCUCUGAUUAGCCUCUGAUUGCUUACAGGUGGGAUGAUACACUUGGGCUUCCACCAUACACUGGGGUUAAUUAUCAUCAUUCCUUGGGAAUUCCAGCUCUGGAAUAUGUGUGAUGUCAAUUGGCAACUUCUGAAUGCUAAGAGAUAACGUCACCUGAAUAAAUUCCUUAUUAAUCAUUUUGAUACAAGGUAAAGUUGUAAUAUAGAUGGUUGAUUACUUUUCAUUAUGAAUUCUGUCAUGACCUAAUAGGAUGUUGUUCGUCAGAAUUUUCUAGGUUCUAAUUGUAGCUAUAUGAUCAUGCGUGUAAUCCUUGUUUACUUUUUCAAAUAGCUUAUUUUAUUUUCAAUGAUUUGAUUUAAAUCCUGUUUUGUCACUUUCUGUUUGAAUUGUUAUACCAAAUAAUGCUAAGCAUUUUCAUAGAUAUAUUUGUCAUAUCAUAGAUGUACAGUAUUAAUUAUACUAUUAUGAAAGUGAAGCCAAUAGAUUCAUGUGGGUCAUAGACCAUUGUAAAUGGUCCUCUAUAGAUUAUUACAAACAAGUUUUGUACCGACAUUUGUUUUAAGGACAAUUUCUCUGUUAUAUGCUGAGUUUUCAGGUUUCAUUUUUAUGCAAAUGUAUAGUGUCUUUGGUAGAUUCGAAAGUGAAAGUAUUUUGUAUUCCGGAUAGGUGUUUUUGUGCUAUUCAGAAUGGAAUUUAAAGAAAAGAUUUGUAUUUAAAGAGAGAUGAAAAUGAUCAUUGUCUUCAAAUAGCUUGUAAAUUGUCAAUGUUUUCAUGGGAAUAAGAAAAAUGUAUUUCAAAAGAUCCUAUAAAAAGGAUUGCCUUUAAAAAAAGAAGAAGCAAAUUAGUUAGGCAGAAUUUUCACGCCCCAUUUGUGUGUGAUCAAUCCUACGUUUCUCAGUGUACAAUAUUUGAUAGAAAUUUAAUGAAUUUCAAGUUGAUUUGUUAAUCUUUGUAUCUCAUGCAGGCUACCAUAGAUUUGUUAUAUAAUCUGAUACUUCGAGUCCCAAGUAAUUUGAGUAUAUCAGUUCACAUUAAAAUGUCAUUAUCUUGGCCUUGUUUUAUAAAGCCGAGUUAUUGAUCAUGAUGCUGAUAUUUAACAAUUCAUCAUAC